AUGACCGUACAAGAAUACGACGAAGCAGUGGCCCAAAGUGUGACAACAACCUACUGGGAAGCGCAGGUUGACUGCAACAGCUGUCCAGACCAAGAACCAUUGUUUCUACCACGAGAUGACACUGGUUUGCAUUCUCCUCCACUGUCCAACUCUAAUAGCCGGCGAUUCAUGUCAGUGCAAGACCGACGGUCACUGCAAGAAUUUCCACUAGAGCAAUUCUUCUUGCUAUUUGCUGCAAACUUUGGCUACAAUAUGCAACCUGUGCUUCUGGGAGACACGGCAAAUAUUCAAAUUGUUCUAAAUGGAACAACAGAACAACAAGAUGUCAGGCCCAUUCGUGUUGUGGGAGGCACUACAAGGCCUGUAAAACCAGACGGCACCGCAGACAGAGAUGAUGUCGUAACAAAGCAUGGGGAGGAAGAUUUAGAAGAAGCCUAUCUGAUUGUUCAGGCAAAUGAAGGAAGAAUUGUGACUCCAUUUGUCAGCAACGAUUUGUCGGAUAUUGAGGCGUGCUUUGAGACCAGUUUCCAAGGAGAAGACAGCAAUGUUGAUGUGGUAGUUGAGGUAUCUGACUUUUGUGAGCUAGUAAUUGAGACAGCAACAUAUUUUGACUGCAUACAGAACCCAACAUCCUUGGAAUGCCAAGAGAUUCUACCUGGGCUCAUUCAGCAAACAACUCUAUCCUUUGGAAUAGACAUCACAGGAAGAGACACAAUCGUGAAACCAGGUGCACCUAUCGCUUAUCCAGGUAUUAAUGACCCCACUACAAGUGCUUCACUAAGCUCACUUGCACAGACCUCAUCACCAACCACAGCUACACAACCUUUCUAUCCUACAGUUUCAGGCGUUGCCACUCCCACCUUGAUGGCUCCAUCUUCUACUUUUUUAAAUGCACCUUCUGGUGUAAUGGGACCAUCUGCAGCUCUGACAACCAAUGAAUCACCCCUGCCUUCCAAUAUGGCUUUAGCCCCAUCAUCAGCAGGUUUUGGAUCACCCACUUUUGCUGCAAAUGCUCAUCCAGGAGCUGCUGCUUUAGGGCCUUCUGGCUUAGCUGAACAGCAAGGUUUGCUCUCUGGCACUCUUCCUCCUUUGUGGCCCGCUUCUGCAGCUUCUCAGGCUGGUGCUCCAUCUGGGGCUACUCAAAUCGGCCCUUCUGCUUUGGAACCAUCUAGCUCUGCUUCUGGUCAGCCAGGAUCACCCUCUGUCACAACCCCGUUCCAUUCUCUGGUUAGUCCACAUGUGGCAGGUUUGGUGAUGACUCCUUCCAAUGCAGAAUCCUUUGGGUCAGCAUCUCCCUACAUUCCUACUGUGAUUCCUGCUGGGCCAAAGGUAGGCACUCCUCCAGGGGCUCCAUCCAACACGGCUGCCUUUGGGUCAGCUUCUGCCAGCAUUCUUACAGAUUCACCAGCAAGCCCCCCUGCUACAGUCAGCAAUCCAACCGUAGCUCCAGCAAUUCCAGGACCAAACCCCACAUGGUUUGGGCCACCAACAGUCACUGAAGCCAAUGGCAGCCCAAGUCCACCAGAAGCCUCAUCAUCAAUUUCGACUCCAGUAACAGGUGGCCCAGUUGGUCAACCUACUUCAUCAUCGCCGGCACAGAUUCCUUCAAUGCUAAGCCCUACAGCUGUUGUUGAUACCAUGAAUGCACCCUCAAAUUCCAUUCCAGUCAUGGAGACAUCAUCUACUCAAACAAAUCCGGCACCAGUAUCACAAAAGGGCGACCCAGCUCCUGUGGCGCCUUCUCCCACUCCAGCCCCAAGAGAUGAGACAAAUCAAGGGCCAUCCCCUGCUCCUACAUUCACACCAACCACAAACCCAACGGAUCAACCAACAGACAACCCUACUCCGGCACCAACAUUUGCUACAGACAGUCCUACAUUUGAGCCCACAGAAAAUCCCACACCGGCGCCAACAUUUGCACCAACUGAUCAACCAACAGACAACCCAACUCCAGCACCAACGUUUGCCCCUACAGGCAGCCCCACAUUUGAUCCAACCCCUGCACCAACGUUUGAUCCCACACCUGCACCAACAUUUGCACCAAUCAACAGUACUCCAGAACCCACAUUCACACCAACGGACAAUCCAACAACAGCAACAACAUUCCCCACCACCCCCAACAGUCCAUCAAGUCUGACUGACGUGCCGACAGCCAACCCGAAUCAACUCCCCUCUAUGUCUCCCUCACUCUCACCAUCGUGGCUACCGUCCCUGGAUUCUUCAGAUUCCCCGUCAAGUGCCCCCACUUCAUGUUCAGGGGUACUUGUUGAUACAAGAUCCACAUACUAUGUUUUCUUUGACAGUGACAUCUCUGCAUUUACCAACGACACCCUCAUUUCUGCUUUUGUGAAUGGCUAUGCCAAUAUACCACACCCAUGUUCAGUGAUUAUCCACAGCAUCACAGUUGAAGGCAGAUCUCAGCGAAGAAGGCUACAAGCAUCCCAAACAGUUCUAUUCGGUAUCAACAGCACACAGCCUUUUGGCAGGAUCUUUCUGGAUGUCAUAAUAGAUGCCACAGCAUUCCUUCAAGACUUCAAUGCUGCCUUCAGUGGAGCAACUGCUUCUGGAAUAGACACUGCCACGUCAUCUCCGUCAGGAAGCCCCAGCAUCAGUCCAAGUGAGUCAUUUUCUCCAAGCAUCAGCCCCACUACUGGGGCACCCACUGCCAGUGUGGCCCCAUCAAUUAUUCCCAGUAUUAAUCCUAGUGCAGGUCCCAGUGCAUCGUCAAGACCAAGCACUAGUCCAACCGCAAUUCCUUCUAUGGUUCCAAGUACUUCAGCAGUGCAAAGUUCCAGUCCAACCUCGACAGCUUCCACAUCUCCUAGUACAUCAACAAGCCCAAGCACCAACCCCACAACAUCGCCUUCAGCAGCACCCAUUACAUCAAAAAGCCCAAGUGUCAUCCCCACUGCAAGCCCUUCCACAGUUCCCAGUGAAUCGUCUCUACCCAGUGGUAUGCCCUCCAUAGUGCCUUCUGCAGCUCCAAGUGAAUCAAAAAGCCCCAGUACCAGUCCUAGUGCACAACCUUCCACAAGCCCCAGUUUAUCAGCAGGCCCAAGCUCCAACCCUUCUACAAGUCCCUCUACGAGUCCCACAACAGGAACACCAGUGGUUACUCCUGGAAGUCCCUCAUUGGCUCCCACCACUGUAGGUCCCUCCACAACACCGAUCACUUCCCUUCCCACCGUCACCCCCGGUUCUCCCAGUGUCAGCCCCACAACUGUGACCCCCACUGCUGCACCUACAACUGGAAGCCCUACGGUUACUCCUGGGAGUCCCUCAUUGGCUCCUACUACUGGGAGUCCCACAACCGGAACACCCCGAGAGUCCCACAACGGAACACCCACGCCUCCUGUUACUCCUGGAGUCCCUCAUUGGCUCCUACUACUGGGAGUCCCACAACCGAACACCCACGUUACUCCUGGAAGUCCCUCAUUGGCUCCAACCACGGUCGGUCCUGUGAUAACACCCACCACUUCUCUUCCCACCGUAACUCCUGGUUCUCCCAGUGUCAGCCCCACAACUGUGACCCCCACUACUGCCACUACAACUGGAAGCCCUACUGUUACUCCUGGGAGUCCCUCCUUGGCCCCCACCACAGAGAGUCCCACAACAGGAACACCCACGGUUACUCCUGGAAGUCCCUCAUUGGCUCCCACCACUGCCAGUCCCUCCACAACACCCACCACUUCCCUUCCCACGUCACCCCCGUUCUCCCAGUGUCAGCCCCACAACUGUGACCCCCACUGCUGCCCUUACGACUGGAAGCCCUACUGUUACUCCUGGGAGUCCAUCCUUGGCUCCUACCACCGGGAGUCCCACAACAGAACACCACAAUUACUCCUGGAAGUCCCUCAUUGGCUCCAACCACUGGUAGUCCCUCCACAACACCCAUCACUUCCCUUCCCACGGUCACCCCUGGUUCGCCCAGUGUCAGUCCCACAAAUGUUACCCCCUCUGCUGCCCCAACAACAGGAAGCCCAAUUGCUACUCCUGGGAGUCCUCUUUGCCUCCUACCACCGGGAGUCUCACAACCGGAACACCCACGGAUACUCCUGGAAGUCCCUCCUUAGCACCCACCACAGCAAGUCCUGGGAAUGCAGACCCGACAACAGGGACACCCACCACCACUUCAUUAGUUGUACCUUCAGGUAUGCCCUCUCAGAUUCCAUCAUUACACCCUCCACAAGUCCUUCUAGCCCCAUCUUCAGCAACGCAACGGCCUUCGGAAACACCAGGAAAUCCAACAGGAAGCCCUACAACUACUCCCUCGGCCCCACCUAG